UGCCUUUCUCUACCUCACAGCCUAAUAACCACUUGCAACCUCCAUUAAUGGCUUCUUACAACUAGUACUUCAGCUAGCUGAGUUUAUUCCUUCUCUUCUCUGCAUUUCUUCACUCAUUCCAGAACUCCCCCGAUCCUUCUAAGCCAGAAAAAAUUAGGUUAACAAAAAUGGCAGACACGGCCUCGAGCUGCGGUCUGAUGAUGAUGAAGUUGUUUACAAUGGGGAUGCUAUGGUGGCUGGGGAGCAUGGGCUUGGCAUCAGGUCACGGUCAUGGUAGAUUUGACAAGCACCCACUCUCUGAGAUUGACAUUUACAAAACCACUCUUGCCCUCCGUGACUCCGUCUCCAUCAAAGCCAGCCCCAUCAUUCUUGGCUUGAAGGGCGAGGAUAAAGAAUGGGUGACAGUGAAUGUUGUGAACCCAGAUCCAUCUAAGGAUGAUUGGGUUGCGGUUUUCUCUCCUGCAAAGUUCAACGCAUCGACCUGUUCCCCAGUGACUGGUGAAGAAGAGGAGCCAUAUAUAUGCUCAAGCCCGAUUAAGUUCAAGUAUGCAAAUUACUCCAAUUCAAAGUAUACAAAAACUGGCAAAACUGUUCUCAAAUUCCAGUUGAUCAAUCAGAGGGCAGAUUUCUCAUUCGUAUUAUUUUCAGGCGGUUUGUCAACUCCUAAACUAGUGGCAGUUUCAAAUUUCAUUACAUUUGCUAAUCCUAAAGCACCUCUAUAUCCCCGCCUUGCUCAAGGGAAGUCAUGGGAUGAAAUGACAGUAACUUGGACUAGUGGAUAUGCAUUAGAUGAAGCCGUUCCAUUUGUUGAAUAUGCUGUGAAGGGACAAGCUAAAGCUCGAUCCCCAGCUGGAACAUUAACAAUUGAUCAGAACAGCCUUUGUGGUUCUCCUGCACGGACAGUAGGGUGGCGUGAUCAGGGUUUCAUACAUACAAGUUUCUUGAAAAAUUUAUGGCCCAACUUUGUGUACACUUACAGGAUGGGUCAUCUCUUAUCGAAUGGUUCAUAUAUCUGGAGCAAAUCCUACUCUUUCAAAUCAUCCCCUUAUCCUGGACAGGACUCACCACAGCGUGUUGUAAUAUUUGGCGACCUUGGGAAGGCUGAACGUGAUGGUUCAACUAUGUAUGCCGAUUAUCAGCCAGGAUCUCUGAAUACUACCGACCAACUCAUCAAGGACUUGAAAAACAUAGACAUAGUUUUCGUUAUUGGAGAUUUAGCUUAUGCAAAUGGAUACAUCUCACAGUGGGACCAAUUCAUGUCACAGGUUGAGCCCAUUGCAUCAGCUGUCCCAUUUAUGGUCGCAAGCGGUAAUCAUGAACGUACGUGGCCAAAUUCAGGAGGCUUCUAUCAAUAUACAGAUUCUGGAGGGGAGUGCGGUGUGACUGCUGAGACCCUUUUCUACUUUCCUGCUGAGAACAGAGCCAACUUCUGGUAUUCAACAGAUUAUGGCAUGUUUCGAUUUUGCAUAGCUGAUAGUGAACAUGAUUGGAGGGAGGGAUCAGAACAGUACCGAUUCCUUGAGCAUUGCCUUGCAACAGUAGAUAGAAGGAAGCAACCUUGGUUGAUCUUUGCUGCUCAUAGGCCUCUUGGAUAUUCCUCUAAUGAAUGGUAUGCCGAGGAGGGUGCAUAUUCAGAGCCAAUGGGAAGGGAUGAUUUGCAGAAGCUUUGGCAAAAGUAUAGGGUAGACAUUGCAUUUUUUGGCCAUGUCCAUAACUAUGAAAGAACAUGCCCCAUUUACCAGAAUACAUGCGUCAAAUCUGGAAAUACGAGUUAUUCCGGCGUCAUGAAUGGAACAAUCCAUGUUGUCGCUGGAGGUGGAGGUAGUCAUUUAGCAUCCUUCGCCACGGAAAUACCCAACUGGAGCCUUUUCAGAGACUAUGACUUUGGCUUUACAAAACUGACAGCAUUCAACCACUCUUAUCUGCUCUUCGAGUAUAAGAAAAGCAGUGAUGGGAAGGUGUAUGACUCCUUCACUAUUACAAGGGAAUACAUGGAUGUCUUGGCUUGUGUUCAUGACAGCUGUUCACCGAGCACUUUGGCCGCUUGAGAUGUGUUUCGUGCACUAUCCAACUGUGGUAGUUAUCCAGCAGCAGUAAGAGAUCCUUAUAAUAGGGGACUCUAGCAGCAGUUAUGAACUUAUUAUCUCAUCACUUGUCACAUUUUUAUUGUUUAUCCUUAAUUGUAGGGUGUUAUCUUUAUCAGUAGAGAGUCUAGCCAGUUAUCGGGUUGUUAUGUUGAUUGUUGCCAUCGUGUAAGUCUAUUGUCUAUUUAUUCAAACACCAUUAAUGAAUAUAGCUUCUGGUUUGUCAUUUUA